AUUAAAAUGAUAUAGUUUUAAAAACAAAAAUAUACAAAUUGAGAGGAGGAAAAAAUCAAGAUGCGAAAAAAAUGAAGAUAGAGAUAAGAGAUAUACAUGAGAAAAAAUAGGACAAAAUGAAGAUGCGAAAAUAACGGUUAGCGAUAUUAUACUAGGAGAAAAAAAUGGAAAAAUAUCGAAGAUGCGACCUUACCGUGUAAAAUGGUUAUUGAUGGACUAGUUCGCUCAGUCGUCAGCCGGCCUCGCCUUGUCAUAUAUUUAAACGCAAGCUACAGCACACAGUCACACCAUCACUCUCAAUCACAUUUCUCUUCUUUAUACAAACCCAAAAACUCAAACCUCCCAUCACAAAUCUGCAGUAGCCAUGGAUCCAAACCCUACAAAUUUCCCAAUUCUCUCUUACGUCAUGUCCAAGCUCCCCAGUAUUGGCCGUAAAUCCCCCACCGCCGCCGAUGAAUUCGACAUCGAACAGCCUCAGUCCCUUCCUAAGCCACCACCAGAGCCUCACUUCGAUAUCACCGAGCGUAUGCCUCAUCUCACCGAUCCUAAAGUCGUCAACGCUAUGCGUGCAGCUGUUGCUGACGUGUCACAGACUCGAUCGGUGCUGAAAACCCUAGGCGAGAGGCCGUAUCAUGAGCUUGUUGAUACUGCGAGAGUGAAGUUAGCUGAGAUCGAAGCGGAAUUGUCGAAGCGGUUGGAGGAGAUUGUGCUUUCGCCGCGUCCGCCGGAGAUGGAGAGGGAGGAUUGGAGAUCGGAUUUGGCGGUUAAAGAGGAGGAGUGUAGGAAGGCGGUGGAGAAGGAGAAAGAGGCGUAUAAGGCGUUGAUUGCUUUGGAUGAGCUGCAUGAGGCGUAUGAAAAGAUGUUGAAGGAUGCGGAACAGAGGUUGGAGAAGAUUUACGAGACUGCUGUUGCUGGUGGUAAUUUGGAGGAACAGGUGUCUGGUGAGAAGAGUUCUGAGGUGAAGGAUGAAGCGAAUGAGGAAGUGAUCGGGAUUUUGCAGGAGGCGUUGGGGAAGAGCGUGGAAAGGGUUGAUUUGUCCGGCAGGCAGCUGAGGAUAUUGCCUGAAGCUUUUGGGAAGAUUCGCUCCUUAAUCGUGCUUAAUUUGUCCAACAAUCAUCUUAAGGUGAUUCCUGAUUCAAUUGCGAGCUUGGAAAACCUUGAGGAGCUUCAUCUUUCCUCUAAUCUUUUGGAAUCACUGCCAGACUCCAUUGGUCUGUUGUUUAGUUUGAAAUUCUUAGAUGUCUCCAGUAACAAGCUUGUCAGUUUGCCAGAUAGCAUUUGUCAUUGCAGGUCGUUAGUGGAAUUGGAUGCAGGCUUCAAUAAGCUUUCUUAUUUGCCAACAAAUAUUGGGUAUGAACUGGUAAAUCUGAAAAGGCUUUCACUUUCUUUUAACAAGCUCCGUUCGUUACCCACGUCUGUUGGUGAGAUGAAGUCCUUACGCCUUUUAGAUCUGCACUUUAAUGAACUACACGUGCUUCCACGUUCAAUUGGGAACUUGACAAAUCUUGAGACCCUCAAUCUGAGCAACAAUUUCAGUGAUCUAACUUCGCUUCCUGACACCAUUGGUGACUUGAUAAAUCUAAAAGAACUUGAUCUGAGCAACAACCAGAUCCAUGAACUGCCUGAUACAAUUAGCCGGCUUGACAACCUGAGUGUGCUCAAGUUGGACGAGAACCCUCUUGUGAUACCUCCAAAGGAAGUCGUAGUUCAAGGGGUUGAAGCAGUAAAGGCUUAUAUGAUUAAGCGGCGACUUGACAUACUGUUGGCAGAAGAGCCACAAAUUAUGCUUCAAGAGAUGGGGCAGACACCGACUGGCAUACUAACUCGAAGUACCUCCUGGUUGAAUGGUGCUGUUUCAAAUGUUCUUGGAACUGUUGCAGGGUAUUUGGGUGGUGGAGGGAAGUCAGAUGCAGACCAUUAUCUCAACCAGCAGUUAUGACUUAUGAAGUUGAUGAGGGUCUUCCAUCAAGCUUUUUGAGAAUCAUCUAUGUUUCUUUCUGUUCCAGGUUUUUAUAUGCUUUUCCAUUGAAGUUUGAAGGAAUGUGGCUGAUAACUACACCUUUCCAUUUCCUCAGCAUGUUUUUUCCAGUUUAAUGUGUGAAGAGAAGUGAGUGAUGCUGGUGUUUUGCAGUCUGCUUCCGAAGAGGUUUAGAAAUUGUGACUCGUUAAUCAGAACAUUAUAUGUUACAAUAAUACAAACAACUACGUGUUGCCUCUAAAA